UUGGAGUGAGGUCUGUGCCUGCCGACGCGCCUCUCCUAUGCAGCCCCCCUCAAGAAGAGCUUUUUAUGGAAGAAAACCUUGGCAUUUUUGAAAGCAAGAAGCUGCAUUAUACCAGUGAAGUGGAUAAAAAAAACGCACGACUGGGUUCUUUUUGCGUUCUAUCUUGCGUUUUCUCCUCUGGUGUCUGAAUGAAACAGGGAGGCGAACAUAAGGGGACGAGGGACGGUGCAGGUUCUGAUCUGGGAGUUGAUCUGUCAGUGUGAUUUUGGGUAGACACGUUUCCAGUGCGCACGUUUUAACUUUUAUUUCUUCAGAAACUGGUGAGCUCGACUCCUCUCUUGCACCGCGGAGUUCGCUUUUCUCGGAACGAGGAGACUUUCGUGUUUUUUUCGUCUUCGGAGAAACUGCUUAAACUUUCUACGUUUAAAAAAAUAAAUAAAAAGAUCGGAUUGCAUUUUCCCCCUUCAAACAUUUUUGAGGUGAUGUCAUCGUGCUGUGUUUUGGCUGGUAUUGUGUCGAGAGGGCGCAGGGAGGACUACUGCAGCCAGGCGGUUACCAGCGGCUGAGGCAAGCGGGGAAGUCCGGAAAAUCAGGUGCAAAGUGCGGCUGUCAUUUCCUCGCUGUGUCGCGGGAGGCUGAGUCCGCCACCCAGUCACAGCUGUCCCCAUCCUCUCCAGCCACCCCUCCCUCGUCUUUAUUAUCCCAUUUUCAUUCAGCACUCUCCAUAUACCCCUCUGAGCUGGACCUCUCCGGGACCUUAUCACCCUCUCUGUUGGACACUGUUGGUCGGUGUUACCUGAGCCACAGACCCGUUGAGCCAGCGUGGGGGCGCAGUCAUGACCGAGGCAACCUUGCAUUACCCUGCGCCCGCAGAGCCCCCGUCUCCAGCUCGCCGUUUGCUCCAUCAGCCAGCCCAGGUAGCCCACCUCCAACAGCUCCUGACCCUGCUCUGCUGGGACUGAACCUGACUGCUACUCCUGCCUGUGUCGGAACAAACACUCCACUUUCUGUUAUCAUCUCACCGACUACAGAAAUAGUUUGGUGACCAGAAACUUGCUGUUGCGCUGAAACGUUACGCAUUGGAUUACGCAGAAGAUUACGCCCUGUCCACAGGGCCGAGCAUCACUCUGAGGGUCAACAAGGUCGAUUGCAGUUGGUUAUCUUUGACGCGUGAGCGCGCUUUCACCUGUUCCUCUCCUUGUCGAGGACGCGCAGCCUUUAAAGCCCUGACCUUCCCCCUUUGCUACCCCGCCCAUUCGUCUCUCCACCGGUCUGGACAGCUGUUAGAGGUUGCCCAGCGGUCACAGUGGCACAGUUACCCCGGCCUCGCACCCCAAAUUGCCCGCGCCCGCACAUUUACCCACACCGGGAAAACCUGGGCACGCCGCCGCCGAUGCCAACGGGAGUGUCUGACUCUUUGACUCUGCACUACAUACAGCGGAUUCAAAACACAGAGGGGAACUCUCCGGACUGUCGGACUGGCCCAGACCGAGCGAGGAGACUGUCUCAGGGACAAGUUCCAUAGUGGAGGGGGGAAGCAAUGUGGCCCCUUCUUUCCACGCUGACCGUAUUAUGUAUCCAGAUGUUGCUGGUGAUGUGCAAUCCAUUACAGCAGGUACUUGGUGUGGAUGGGGUCAACUUCAGUGUGCAUGUGGAGAACCAGACGCAGGUGCGAGACACCAUGAGUCGGCGACACCACCGGGUCUACCAGCUCUACAGCCGCACCAGCGGCAAACACGUCCAGGUGCUAGGACGCAAAAUCAGCGCUCGAGGAGAAGAUGGAGACAAAUUUGCCCAGCUCGUAGUGGAGGCCGAUACCUUUGGUAGCCAGGUGAGAAUCCGGGGCAAAGAAACCAAUUUCUACCUGUGCAUGAACCGCCGCGGCAAGCUGGUAGGAAAGAAGGCCAGUAAUCGAAGUGAUGACUGCGUCUUUGUGGAAAAGGUUCUGGAAAACCACUACACAGCUCUGAUGUCAGCACGCUACACAGGCUGGUAUGUUGGCUUCACUAAAAGAGGGCGUCCUCGCCGUGGCCCCCACACUCUCCCCAACCAGCAGGACGUACACUUUAUGAAGCGCUUCCCGCCUGGGGAGCAGCCCGACCUCACCACCCCCUUUCGCUUCACCACCGUCAGCAAGCGGGGCAAGCGGGUGCGUGCUACUGGGCCCCGCUAGUAGUGGCUAAUGCUAGCACCCGCUAUCUUGUCAUCUAAAGCCUUUACCGGAGCCUACCAAUGGCUAACCCAAUCCUCUCCUCUGUCACACACGACUGAACACCUCCCUUCAUUGGGACAAACAUUAACCAGAAACUUGAUGAAUCAUUCAUGGGGUUUAGCUUUACACCUACUAAUUUGCCACUAGUUAGUGAUCAUUCCUCUCAAUUUUAGUUCCCUUACUGGACUAACUGGACCAUUACUGGACUGGUCCAUCGCUGGAAGCUCUAUGGACCUGGUCUGCUUCCCUUCAUAGGCCAGAAAUACUGACAGGGAACCUGAAGGGCUGCCAGAGUCCCAGGCUCUACGAAGGCCUUUAUUCUACAACCACAAGGCCUUCAUGUCUCCUUUUCUGGACCAGCUGGACAAUGUCAAGUAUGGGAUUACAGCUGGACCAUACAGAGAGAGAACAAGGGUGGGAAAGACUGACUGAACAAGAGAGUGGAUGCUUAGCCUACGGAUAAAGGGAAAAAAGGAAGAAGAAGAAGACAGGAAAACGGAGUGGACAAAGGGAUAGAGUGAUCUGCACACAUCAAAUGGACCAAUAAUGGACUGUUGACAUGUGACACACUUAUUUUUGUCUCACUGCUAAAUUGGUGUGAACCUGUGAGACUGUUGGAUGAAUGGAUGACAUAAAGAUGAAUGAGGGGAUGGUCGAGCAAGUGACUUACUGAAUAAAUGCAUGUUUGUAAGAAGACGACGAAAUGUAUGUAAGAGUGUGUGUGUGUGUGUGUGUGUGUGUGUGUGUGUGUGUGUGUGUGUGUGUGUGUGUGAGCGAGUGAGUGAGUGCACCAACAACCAUGAGUGAAGCUGGAUCACAAGGGACUCCGAAAAGGGACCAUCCAGUCCUGCAUGAACCUGUGACAACUCACCGCAGGGACUGAAGCUUUAGGAACUGGAAUGUAUAAAAACCAAGCUGCACCAAAAACAGCCAGCCAAUCACAGCAAACCAAACCAACGACUGACCAAAGA